AUGUUAUCAAAGAAAGUGAUUUUAAUCACUUUGUUGAGCAACGUUGUGACGAGCUGCUUGGCCGGUCCUACUCCCGUUACUCCUUUUGAUCUGAACAUGAAAACCACGACUCCUGGCUAUCUGGAGGGCGGUGCAAAAAGCGAAGGAACCAGCUUCGGUGAUGCUGUAAAAACGACGCCAGGCAUUCCUAGCUCGAAAUUGAAAAAACCGUGGUGCUCGCAUCCAGAUGGUAUUGUUGAUAGCAGCCAGAUAAAGAAAAGAUAUUUACUUGGUUGUAAUAGAGUUAAUGGUAAUUGUAAACCUAUUAAAUGGCCGAUCGUGAGUCUAGAUUACAAAAUCUUCAACUACCCACAGCACCAGGUCGAUCUAACGAAUGCUUCCAUCGACAAAAUAUUUGCAGAAUGCUGGAAUCUCUGGGCGAGUGCCUCAAGGAUUCUCUCUUUUCACAAGACAGAUAGCGAUAACGCAACUUUGAAGAUAGCUUUCCUUCGUGGUGAUCAUGGCGAUGGUUUUACGUUCAACCAGCCUAAAGGUGAAAGUUUGCCAUGGACAGCCUGUCAUGAAUUCGGACACGCGUUAGGUAUGAACCAUUCGGACAUAGAAGCUGCAGUGAUGUAUAAGUCUUCAAAAAAUCUACACACCCCUGUGGUCUUUGAUCAAGAUGAUAUCAAUGGCAUUCGAGAACUGUAUUCCAGUGCAAACUGA